AAGCCCUAGGAAUGAAACUUUGUAUACAAUUCAUUAUCCAUAUAUAUAGGCCUUCCAAAGUUUUCUUGAUCAACCACUAAUUAAAAUGCAUCUUUCACUUUUUUUUCUUGUACUUUUGCAUCUUCUUUUUCUUUUUUUCAUGUUGGAAGCUCCAACUCAAGCUCAAGGGAAGAGCUUAGUUUCAGCCAUUUUUAUCUUUGGAGACUCAACAGCUGAUCCUGGAAAUAAUAACUAUAUAACAACUCCUUUCAAGAGUAAUUUUUCACCUUAUGGGAGGGAUUUUGCUAACCAUGUUCCAACUGGAAGGUUUACUAAUGGAAUGCUUGCUAGCGAUUUCUUUGCUAGGUAUGUUGGUGUGAAAGAAUAUGUGCCUCCAUAUUUGGAUCCAAGUUUAAGUAUUGAAGAGCUCAAGAGUGGAGUUAGUUUUGCAUCUGCUGGAACUGGAUUCGAUCCCCUCACACCAACAAUAAGUAAUGUGAUCUCAUUAUCAAAGCAGCUAGAAUAUUUUAAGGAGUAUCAAGAGAAAAUGGAAGCAACUAUAGGGAAAGAGCAAAUGCAGAAUUUGAUAAAAGAAGCACUGUUCAUUAUUAGUGCAGGCACAAAUGAUUUUGUGGUCAAUUACAACACAAUCCCAAUCCGUCGUAAAAGCUAUUCCCUCUCAUCUUACACUGACUUCUUAUUACAACAUGUCCAACUCUUCCUGCAGGAAUUGUUGGAUCAGGGGGCUAGGAAAAUUGGAGUAGUAGGUCUACCACCAAUGGGUUGUUUACCGGUAGUUAUCACACUUCACUCAGAUAAUGCAUUUACAAAGCGUGACUGUGCUGAUUUUUUUUCGUCAAUUGCUCGAGACUACAAUUCCAAGCUCCAAAACCAGCUAAAUGCCAUGCAAAUUAGAUUUGCAAAAUUGGGUUCUCGAAUUGCUUAUAUGGAUAUUUAUGGACCAUUGAUUGACAUGAUUCUAGGACGCAAAUAUGAUUUUGAAAAGUCUAACAGUGGCUGCUGUGGAACGGGCUUAUUGGAAGCUUCAUUUAUGUGCAACCCAAAAUCGUAUAUUUGCCCAAAUGCAUCAAAGUAUGUGUUUUGGGAUUCAAUACAUCCAACUGAGAACACAUAUUACCUCAUCUCUCAAGCACUUCAGCCAACUAUUGAUUCCAUCACCAAGAACUAAAAUAUGUACAUUAUAUAAAUCCUCUUAUCCUGUCAUUAUUCGUUGUAUUAUUUGCUUACACUGUCUUAUUAUAUUGUUGUUGCUAUUGUUUCUCUAUUGCUCCAUUUUUUUUACGUUCUUGAGCCGAGGGUCUUUAAAAAACAGUCUCUCUAUCUUCAUAGGUAGGGAUAAGGUCUGCGUACACACUAUCCUCCACAGACCCCUCUUAUAAGAUUUCACUGGGUUGUUAUUGUUGACUCAAUUAUUAUCCACUUUUAUUUAAAUUGCC